AUGUCCAAACGCGCUGGAUCUGGUGGCGAUGAACCACCCUCAAAGCGUCACUGCUCGAUUGAUGUCCAAGCAAACCAGGCAGUACCACCGGCACUGUACAAUAACGAUGAAUGGGCAGAGCCUCGACGCCUGCUCUUCUCCGGUGAUGAAGAUAACGCCAAAUCCUUAGAAAACUUCACCAAGCUGUGGAAAACUCACAUACCCAAUCCACCAGAAAAGUCUUCCGUUUCUAUCCCUGCAUCGAGGAGGAACGGCUACUCGUCAAGUUCACGUGCUCAAAAAUCGCACAAGUUAUCCAAAGCUGCUUCUAAGUUCAUCGCUGAUAAGGCCGAUGUUGGUGAUGAUGAAGAGGAGGAAGAGGAGUAUGAUGGAGAAGAUUGGGACAGACCUUCUAUGCAGUCGCCAAUAGUCACAAGUUUGCCAGGAAUGUCGGUGAAACGGAGGUUGGCAGCAACCUUUGACGACAUGGCGACUCGGUUUGAACAACAUUUGCCCAGCUCAUCUGAAGACAAUCUCGCCUACAGAAGUCCCGAAAGCAGGAUGUAUUUACUUCAUGUUCAAAGGACUACCACUCAAUAUGUUGCUGACCACCUUCGGAGGAAGGAAUUUCCCAUGAUCGUGUCAGCCUGGUCAGCAGGACAGCUUUACGUGGUGGCGGAUAGCCCCGUGACGAUUGCAAAGUCCUUGCCCCUAUCUCUUUAUCUCGCUGUGAAAGAGUACUCCCGUAUUGCCAUGGAAGAACGCACGCAGUCCGAGUUUCCUCAACAAGCAUGGGUGAGGAUCAAGGGCAGUAAGUACAGGGGCGACAUCGCACAAGUUUUCGAGCAACUGCCGAAUGGUCUGGUCACAGUCUCAAUUGUUGCGCGCAAUUUCCCCUAUUCCAUGCCUUCAGGAUCUCGAGCGCUUAUCCAGCGAUCUCUCCUUCCGAACCAGAAGAGUGUUUCCGACAUCAUUUGCGAUGACGAAGUUGUGGAAUGGAAAUACAAGGGAGAAAGCUACUACAUGGGCCUGCUGCUCAAGAACUUUCACCACGACAGACUAGAACUCGUCACAUCCCCUCAUGUCGAUGACAUUCGGCUACACCUGGACACCGGAUGGAAUCAACCGUUUUUGAACGAAACUGUGGUCAUGUUUUCGCUGCAGUUCCUGCGCGUGGGCGAUUGGGUGAGAGUCGUCAAAGGCUCUCUUCGUGGAGAGCUUGGUCAGGUCGUCUCAACUGAUCAUACUUUGGGGACCCUAAGUAUGCAAUUGGCUUUUGAUGGGCGUCUCAAGGAGAUGGAAGUUCGACUCAAAGACAUCGAACAGAUCUUUCGAGUCAGCGAUACUGUAAGAGUGGUGGCUGGUUCAUACUUGGGCUUGGAAGGCCAUAUCAUUCAAAUAUGCGGUGACAUGUUUCACCUUUGUCAACAUGCCACCAACGAGCAGGUGGAAGUGUCUAAGUACUACUUAGAUCAAUGUCCGUUGAACCACACGGUGCACUCACAGUUCCCAAUGCAGCAAGAUUUCGAACCUUCCGAGUUGGACUCCAUUCAAAUAGGAGAUUUCAUAGAAGUCUUGGACGGUGAGCACAUGGGGAAGCGCGGAGUCGUGGACUGGCUUGCUAAGGGGGACAACAAACUAUGGUUCCGGGAUAUUUUGAGUAUGGAAAGCAUCGAGUCCAGUGGUGGAUUGUCAAGUCUCUCAGUUCCCAUAGCAAUAGUUCAGCGGACGGACCUGACUGCAACAAUUCAAUACACGAAGGAAAGGGGUUAUGACGUCAGACCUGGAGACAUUGUGACUGUCAUCAAUGUUCCAAUUGGAUUCGUUAUGAAAGUGCGCAACACCGCCUUGGACUCUUUCAAGAAGGAUAUUGGUCAAGAAGUUUUCAUCAUUGGAGGUGGCCAUAAGGGCUAUCGAGCCACACUCUAUAGUCUUGGCGUCGAGGCUUGCACUGUCGCUAUUCAUGGGCAGAAGCGUAUCACAGUCAAACUUUGCGAUGUUGUUACCAAGUAUGGAAUGCGGCUAAACGGGGCGAUGCUUGAAGGCCUGGAGUUGAUUUCGUUCUGCGUCAUGCGGAAAAAAUUGUACUUGGCACCACCAUGUCAGAGCACCACACCACCUUUCGAAAAAAUCCCCUCCAGCUCCUCGACUUCCAUCAUGGAACCCAUUCCCUCGUCAUCUGAUCCUUCAUUGAGCGUUAAUCCAAACACAUCAACAUCCGACCCAUGGACUGUUGAUAAACUCGAUACUCAAGACAAUAUUGACGUCGGAGCAGAGAAACUCUCAGACAGCAGCCCGCUAGCUUGGUUGAUGACCAAGGAGUUUUUUUCGACGUUUUUCAACCAUCACGCAAUGUUAAAGGUCUCACCGAUCUUUGAUGCAUCGCUGUCCAAGCGAUUUGUAUCUAUGCCUUGUCCUGACCCGUUCUGUGGCGAGAAUGGACCUGCACCGGAGGGAUGCAUUGCAGCAUACUGCACAUCCAACAAUGCGGGCGCAAAAAUGAAACACUAUCACAUUCCUGCCAUGUAUCUGAGCCCUGCCCUUCCACGUAAGAAGAAUCAGAAGUGUCUUAUUCUGGCCAGGGCUCAUCGUGGGCUGGUCGGAACCGUCACGAAAUGUAGCAUCAAAGCAAUCUUGCUGAUAUUAGUAUCACCCCUACAAUUACUGUAA